GAGAGAGGAGCGUGAUAUAUAUAGACACACAUACAUAGCUACAUGUAUCAGAGGGGGCGAUGCUGGUCUUUGAACAUGUCGGUAGACUAAGAUAGCACACCACCGGACCCUGUGGCUGCCACUUUCUGUGGUAUAUAUCAGGCUUGGAGUAGCUCCAGAGAGACUGUGUAUAUACUAUAUCAUACCACUGGGCCACUGACUGAUCUCAAAAAUGCUCAAGUUUGUCAAGAAAUCUCCCAAGUUACCACGCAAGGAAGAAAAUGCAUUACUGGCGGACCUCCAGUCCACGACUGCACAGAUAAAUCAGUAUCAACAUCAAUCGCCCGCACCCCGAACGCAGUCUCCGCCUGCACAACAACUAGAGCAACGACAACAGUACCAACAACAACAACAACAACAGCAACAAGAACAUUAUAACCACCAGCCACCGCAACACCUUCAGCGCCAGUACAGUGACCAACAGAACUGUCACGACGGGGCAUAUGAUCACCAACAGAUCACAAACUCCAACUCGUACGAGCAUCGUCAAGUGCCGCAAUCACUAGGGUACAAUAAUCGACAGUUACCCCAGUCACCGGGAUAUGAUAAUCGCCAAGUGCAACAAUCUCCGGGAUACGAUAAUCGCCAAGUGCAACAGUCAGUAGGUUACGAUAAUCGCCAGGUGCAACAGUCUCCUGGAUACGAUAAUCGCCAAGUGCAACAAUCCCCGGGAUACGAUAAUCGUCAGGUGCAACAUUCGUCGGGAUACGAUAAUCGUCAGGUGCAACAUUCGCCGGGCUACGAACAACAGCAGUUUGUUCAAAGGCAGCACAGUUAUCAGAGCCAGAGUAGUCAUCACUCUGCGGGACACCGGAGCGAGACCCCACCCCCUCUCCCUCCACCCCCUCCCCAGGAGGUCCUCGACAGCAUACCCCCACCCCGUCAGUUUGAUGAGCCACUCUAUGAGGGUCAGAGUGUGACGGUGAUCCGCGAUCAGACGCCAAGCUCGGGUACCUCCCGAAGUUCAGACCCAUAUUUCGACAACAAAUCUCUGGCGUCACCUCCUGCACCGAAACAAAUGUCGACAUUAACCAACAACCUGUCCGAGCUGGACCAGCUCCUGCAGGACCUCAAUUCGGCCCAGUUUAUGGCUGAAGUGGACAAACGCAAUGUCUCGAAUCAACAUAUUGUAAAUGGAGGAGGAGGAGGAAACGGGGGAAAUGGGGGCAAGGCCCGACCACCCCCACCUGUGGCCCCGAAACCAGCCCGUAACGAGAAUAGAAACACUGUUGAUAACCUUUUGGACCAAUUAGAGAGUGCCCUGCCUGAGAGGGCCAAUAGCUACAAGGGCCCUGAGCCGGGAGACAGCGAUAACUACGAGUACACCCCAGACCAGCAGCAGACGGCCCAAACCCACACGGUGAACAACGUACAAUCACAUCAAGUCAACAGCAUACAACGCUGCAACCAAAGCAACAUGGUGGCCACCCCACAACAGUUACCUCCCCCUUCCACGGCCACCAGGGAGCUGGAUGACCUCAUGGCCACAUUGUCAGAGUUCAAGGUAUCUAAUACCCAGCAGAGACAACAGCAGAUGUCGAUGCCUCACGCCCGCUCACCCUCGCCUCACAGCGAGCCUUCCUACGCCCGGCCGCAGAAAAGCCGGAACGCCUCCCAGGGAUCGGCACCACCUACUCCCGCCCCCCAGCCAACGGGCUAUGGAGGACAGCUCGAGAGCAUGCUCGGUGACCUAGAGAGUGACAUGAACAGACAGGGGGUCAGUACGACCUCCAAGGGAACGUGCGGGGCCUGUAACCAACAGGUGGUAGGACAGGUGAGUACGGCGCUGGGGAAGGUCUGGCAUAUAGAACACUUUAUCUGCUCCCACUGUAACCUGCCCCUGGGAACAAAGAACUUCUACGAGAGAGACGGCGGUGCUUACUGUGAGGAGGAUUACCAUCGCCUGUUUGCCCCCAAAUGUGCCUACUGUAACGGCCCCAUUGUAGAUAAAUGUGUGACGGCCAUUGGUAAGACCUGGCACCCGGAACAUUUCUUCUGUGCUCAGUGUGGACGGCCAUUUGGGGAAGAGGGUUUCCACGAAAAAGACAACAAUGCUUACUGCAGACAAGACUACCUGGAGAUGUUUGCCCCUCGGUGUGGAGGGUGCGGAAACCCCAUCCUGGACAACUAUAUCUCCGCCCUCAGUCGACACUGGCACCCAGAGUGCUUUGUAUGCAGGGAAUGUCACAUGUCGUUCGGAGGGCGUAGUUUCUUUGACCAUGAGGGUCAGCCCUACUGCGAGACUCACUACCACCUAAAGCGGGGGUCACUCUGUGCCAGCUGUCAGAAGCCCAUCACCGGCCGUUGUAUCACGGCCAUGUUCAAGAAAUUUCACCCGGAGCAUUUCGUGUGUGCUUUCUGUUUAAAACAGCUCAACAAGGGGACAUUCAAGGAGCAGAACGACAAACCCUAUUGUCAUCCAUGUUUUGUUAAGCUUUUUGGUUGAUUUUGUUAGUUGGAAAGUAUUGAUAAUUAAUACAAUGUACUUUAAACCAGAGGUAUUUAAUUUUUUUACUUUAAAUUCUAUGAGUGGUUUGAGAACUACACCCGUAGUGGUUAUCUACUGGUCUUCCAGCACUUUCUCCGUACUGUUUAUGAAGAAAGCUGCUACAGUUACUUCUGCCUGAAGUUACAUCUACUGCUGGGCGUAAGUAAGUCCUGAGUCCAUACCACUCGGACCCUAUGGUUCGAGUCAUGUCAACCCGGAGUCAUGUGUUGUGUUGUGUCCACUGCUGGGUCAACUGCCCUGUGUCAUCUCUUCUGCUGGACCAUCAACCCGGAGUCGUGUCCGCUCUGUCUUUGAGUUAUGUUCACGGCUGGGUCCUCUAAACCGAAGUCAGGUCGACUUCUGAAAAGAGUAAGAACUAGUUGUUUUAACUUGACAACUGGGACAGGAUUCCUCCAACACCAAGUUUCUUACCGGUAUAUCUUUCAGUUACCAAGAGCUGUUAAUUUAUAAUGACCACAUUAUUUCUACGUUUAUGUCUGCCGCAGUAUUUUCUGGGUGUCUGAUAUAUAUUUUUAUGGAAUCAUUGUGCAAUUAACUUGCAUAUGUACUUUAAAUUAGCUACACAUUUUUGUUAUUUCGUCAGAAGUAAAUAGAAGUUGCAAGAGUAUACUGGUAGAGGAGCGUCAGUAAUGAUUUGUUAAACAAAAGCUGAUGUAGCUACUGAAUUUUGUAACUAUGCAGCAUAACAUGGUGUAAGGUGAUGGAAAGCCGACUUUGAACAUUUGAUUUGAUUGGGCAAGAUCGAUCUCACCUGGUGGUUUGUUAUUGUUUCUGAAAAAUCAUUGCUGGUUUACUAAUUUUAAUUAUUGUUAAACACAUUUAGAGCAUUAUGAUUUGUUUUUUCUUUUUUUUCUGUGCUAUAGUCUUGCAUGUGAAAGAUCAGCCUUGUCUCCCCUGCCAGCCUACCUGGACUGUCCCAUAUCAUUGAUUGAGACAGUCCAUGUUGGUAUCUUAGGGGUAGCAGAGUUCAUCUGAUAUUAUUAUAUAUUUUUAUGUGAUAAUUUAUUUCAAUAGGUGAAAAUAAUUACUUUCUGUAACUCUUAUGAUUAUAUUGUUGAAGAUAUGUUGUAAUGCUGAUGAAAUAUUUGUUGGUAGCUGGCAUAUUUUUUUAUCUUGUGGGUCAACUUCAAAAUGACUCAUAAAGAAAAAACGGGAUACAAUGUUGUUUUCAAAUUGCCUGUAAGCCGAAUGCUAUACAAGAGUUCAACAUAUCUAAAGACACUAUUUCCAGUAAUGGGCAACAAAUGCUAGCACUCUUGUUUCCAAAAUAUUGUCUAGUUUUAUCAAAAAUUUCUUCUUUCACUGAUAAUUAUUUUUUUGAGAAAAUUCACUUUGUAUGGUGUAUUUGAUUUUGCGCGUUUCUCAUUACAAUCGAGCACAAUUUUGUUUUGUUGUGAAUACAUUUACAUCACUGACACAAACCACCGACAUCUCAUGUUUGACAUUGUGUGGUUUCUGGUCAUGUUCGUCUGUGCCUUGGUUUUUUAACAUUUAAGUUCUCAGGUUGACAAUGGAAUCCAUGCUGUUAUCGUAGAUCAAUGAAAUGUUUAUAAAACACAAUAGUAUGGUGUCAGAAUUUGUUGAUAAUACAAAAAAGAUCAAUUUAUAUAACGAUAUUCUUUUCAAGAGAUGAACGAUAGCUUUAAUUCAAGCAUUAUUUGUUAAUAUCUAUAUUUACGGGAUAAAAAUUCUCGUUUCUGUUACAAUAUCAACACCUGCUUUUCUUUGCAGGAUAGAAGAAAAAAACUAAUAUUGAUUCUUUUGUGCUGAAUCGAUAUUACCCUGGUCAGAAAAAAUCCUAUAUGUAAACUAUCCCCCAGGUGUAACUAUGUUGUCAUGGUUACAUUUCUCUAAAGUGUCACUUUGUGUUGCCAUAGUAACCUAAAGUAUCACUUUGAGUUGCCAUGGUAACCUUCCUCCCAUUUGUCACUUUUUGUUGCCAUGGUGAACUUCUUUCCAAGUGCAAACUUCCUUUCCUUUGAAGAGAUAUAAUAAUCAUGAACAUUAAGAUUUACUGAACAUGUUUUUGAUUGUAGAGAAAUUUUAUUUUCAUAGAAAAAAACCACUUUCUGGGUAACAGUUAAUGCUACAAGUGCAGGCCUUGAUGUUAGGAAGGCGGGAAAAGAGGAAAUAUGCCUCAAGGAGGCAUGAAUAUAGAAAGUAUGCCCCGUAAAGUUUGGAAAAUGGAGAUACACCCCUUGUAGGUGUGGUAAAUGAAGGUAUGCCCCUUGCUGUGGGACUGGUUCCCCGUGUUAAUGGCACUGGAGUAUCACCACAUACAAUAUACAAUGCAUUCAUGCAUGGAUUUAUAUGGUAUUGUAAUAUUUUAAACUUCUAUGUGAAAUGUAUUUUUGUUACAAUGUAUUUGAUAAUACAAUAAAUUAAAAAAAUAAUGUAAAAAAAAAAUGUAUCACUUUCCAAAGACUAAGGUAUAUAUCCUGGACGGAAUUGUACUGUAUGUACUUUUGUUGUAUAUAUUAUACUGUAUAACACUAGACACAUAACUAUUACGUAAACAAUUAAACCUUCGCUCUUUCUGUAUACUCAUCAUGUGAGCCUUUCAGCAGAGCUGUUGCAAUAUGCUUCAAAUAAAUCACAAAAUAUAUAA